AUGGAGGAGACGGAAUCAGAGAAGCCCCGGGAAUGGGAGGCAGAGCCCAGCCCCGCAGGCUGCCAGUCAGACCUGCCCUCCAGCUCUCGGCUAACACUGCUUUACUCGACUACCAUCUUCCUGGCCAGAGAGGCCUUCCGUAGAGCAUGUCUGAGUGGGGGCGCCCAGCAAGACUGGAGCCAGACCUUCAACCUCUUGUGGCUAACAGUCCCCCUGGGUGUGUUUUGGUCCUUGCUCCUGGGCUGGGUGUGGUUACAUUUGCUUGAAGUGCCUGAUCCUAAUGUCGUCCCCCACUAUGGAACUGGAGUGGUGGUGUUUGGCCUUUCGGCCGUGGUAGAGCUUCUGGGAGAGCCCUUCUGGGUCUUGGCACAAGCACAGAUGUUUGUCAAACUCAAGGUGAUUGCCGAGAGCCUGUCAGUCAUCCUCAAGAGUGUCCUGACAGCUUUUUUUGUGCUAUGGUUGCCUCACUGGGGGCUCUACAUAUUCUCUUUGGCCCAGCUUUUGUAUACUGCAGUUCUGGUGCUCUGCUAUGUUAUUUAUUUCACAAAGUUAUUGGGCUCCUCAGAAUCAACCAAGCAACAGACCCUUCCUGUCUCCAGAAUAACAGAUCUGUUACCCAAUAUUACAAGAAGUAGAGCUUUUGUAAAUUGGAAAGAGGCUAAAUUGACUUGGAGUUUUUUCAAACAGUCUUUCUUGAAGCAGAUUUUGACAGAAGGCGAGCGAUACGUAAUGACGUUUUUGAACGUGUUAAAUUUUGGCGAUCAGGGUAAGAUGAAAAUUCUGUAGUGAAUACCAUUAGUAGAUACUUUCUAAUAUUUUUCUCAGCAGUGUGAUACAUUUAGUGAAAAAUACGCCUGAUGAUUCUAAAAGAUGAAGACUGUAAUAAAAUGAUUCCUGAAGAUUGAAAAUUGCAGGUCUCUGCAAAUAUCUACAGUGUUCUGACUACGCCCUCUCAUGUGACUCGGGUGGCAGGUUCUCUUUUGAGUUCCCCUGGUUUCUGCAGAGCUUUGGUGCCCAUUGCAGGGUUGAGAGAAGAGGGAGCUUCGUCAUCACAAUCACAGAUCCGCCCUGUGUUUGUGCAGCUAG